GGGGGGGCACCUAUUAAAGAAACAAAAAGUUUUAUUCGGAACGUGGGAAAUAAGCCAUUACCUAAUCGUCACAAUUUCAGUAAACGUAAAUUCAUGUGGUUUGAUGUUAUGCAACUAACAAUACACCAGUUAUCUACCAGCCAUUUAAUAAACUUAAAACUAAUUAAAGCCUUCGCUACACUGUAUUCAAAAACACUAACAUAUUUACCUAUUUAAAAGAAAAUAUUCACAGAAAUUUUAAUUAAUUUCCAAAAACUUAACCUCAAUUUGUGACAGUUGCCCUAACCUCAAAAAUGUCCCUAACCCAACGUCAAAUUGCCAAAAUCCUCAAACAGGCUCACUCGGGUGACAUUGCCCCCAUUUCCGCUUUAAAAUGCCACUGGAGUGUCUUAAAAUACCAAGACACUGGUGACACAAUCUUGCACUGUGCCUCCCGUUUGGGGCACAUCGAAACCGUCCAAUAUCUCCUGUCUUUCGAGCCCCCGAGUGUCGACUGUACAAAUAACGACAACAAAACAGCCCUGCAUGAGGCGGCUCAAUUCUCACAACCCGAAAUUGUGAAACUGCUACUCGAUAAGGGGGCUCAAGUCAACGCUUUGAAACGUGCCGAUUGGACCCCUUUAAUGUUGGCUUGUACGAAAACGUGUCUCGAGACUGUCGAAAUUUUGGUGGAUAGUGGCGCUUUAAUUAAUUAUAGAAACAAAGACGGGUGGACAUGUAUGCAUUUGGCGGCAAGAGGGGGCUGUGGGGCUAUUUUCAAGUAUCUAGUCGACAAAGGGGGCGAUUGUGCAACGAAGACCAAGAAUGGUAGAAGUGUGUUACAUGUAGCAGCUUUGCAUGGAAAUUUUGAAAUUGUCAAAAUUUUGCUCGAUUUAGGGAUUUUAGAUGUUGAUGUUAGGGAUAAUUGUGGUAACACUGCGUUGCACGAAGCUGUACUAGGGCGGCAUCGGGAUAUUUGUAGUUUACUGAUUGAAAACGGGGCCGAUAUUUUUUGUAAUAAUAAUGUUGAUUUUAAUUUAUUGUUUUUAGCUACUAGUGAAGGUUACGUUGAUUUAAUUGAAUAUAUUCUUGAGCUAGGUUUUGACAUAAAUGUUACUAAUUCAAAUGGGUUUACUGCAUUGCACUGUGCGGCUAGAAAACAGCAAAAAGACAUGUAUCAAUAUUUAAUAAAAAUGGGAGCUGACAAGGAAAUUAAGGAUAAUUUUGGAAGAGUUGCCUUUGACUAUUUGAAAUAAUACGUAAGGAUUACAGUUUCCUGUAUUAUCAAAGAAGGAAAAUAAUAAUAUGUAAUUUAUUUAACAUAAUUUGAAAUAUUCGCAUGUCAAGCAUAGUUACACUAUGUACAUGAUAUUACAAUGUAAAUAAAUAAUUGGAGAUGGUGCAAUACUGUAAAAAUUCAAUUAUUGUCUAUUAAACCUAUUUGUUGUUC